AUGUUCACAUUAGUGAAAAUUGAUAAGAUAACGAAUAAUAGUAUAACUAUUAUUCGUAAUUCAAAUUUGUAAUUCAUUUUGUUUUCUAAUUUAAUAAAAAUAUUUCAUAUAAUGACGAGCAAUUCAGAAAAAAAUAAACGAGCCCGUGCUCCUAAUAUUUCUGAAGAGGAAAAAUCAAUAAUAUUACACUGCAUAUCAAAAGAAAGGGACAUAAUUGAAUGCAAAAAAACAGAUAAGUUUAGCAACAGGGACAAAAACUCAGCUUGGGAAAGAAUUGCUGUUAAUUUCAACACUCACUUAGGUGCAAACAAAGUAAACUCAAAAUGUCUUCGCCGUUUUUGGGAGGUUGAAAAAGCCAAAAGUAGAAAAGGAUUUGCAAGAGAAAGGAAAGAACACAUGGAAACUGGAGGAGGCCCUGAAAAAGAAAGUUUUAAUGACAGUACACCAGAAAUAAAUGAAAUAUUAGUUCAACCUCAAAUUGUGGAAGUGAAAAAUACGUAUGAUAGCGAUGGAAUUGCUCUUGAGCAAUCUGGAAACAUAACACAAGACCUUAUUUCUAUAUCCCAGACACAAGACUUAUUCCCAUUAAAUGACAUAAUUAUGCAUUCAAAUAUUUUAUUAAAUGUCAAUGCACCAAUAACUGAUGACACAGGUGAGUCUGUCAUUAGAUUAAUUCUUGUUCUAAACUAAUUAUUGCAUUUUCUGAUUAAAUUAUAAUUAUUUCAAAAUGUAAUAGUAGGUCCAACUACAGAAAAAGAAUUUGGUUCAUACUUUAACGGUGUUAAUGUAUCUGAGGAAGCUAUAAAUUAUGAUGCAAAUAUUGUGAAUGUUAACCGUAGUGUGCAUGAAGAAAACUAU